AUGGGACCUGAGUUACGAGAAUUAAUUGUUUUACAGGUUGUUUAUAGUCUUUUAAUAAGCAAUGGUCGGAAAUUGAGUGAUGUUAAUAGUACUGAGUAUGCUUCUUCUGUUUCUGGUUUUAGCAGUGGAGCUGUUUAUAAGGUUUCCUUAGUGAAACUUGCUAAUGAAGUUCAAAAUAAUAUUUUGAUUAAUCAGAUGGUUGGUAGUAGUGAAGCUAAGCUGGAUAUUAGUGAUAUAUUACAAAUAAUACGAGCACUUUUCCCCAAGAAUAGAACUAUUUUGGUUGAUGGUCAGAUAAAUUUCCAUAAGCUGGAGUUGAACAAGCUGCGAGAAGAGCUGUUGAGGAGAUAUACGAUGUUUAAGACUAAUCAAAUUAAUCAGAUCAAAUCGUUGGAAGAUGAGCUUAUUAGUGGUGGGAAAACUCAGGCUGCAAAAGCUUCGCCAUCUAUUGCGGAAUCGAGCUCUGCUAGUACUUCUACUGCUACACCAGCAGCCUCAUUGUCACCUACAGCUACUACAGGUAAAAAGAAUAAAAAUAUUGUAGUGGUAGAUCCAAAAAGAGAGAAGCUAUUACAACUUUAUCGUGAUACUGUUCUAAAUAAAUUACAGGGUAAAAACAAGCUAUUCGAUGAAUUAUAUGAUAGACUGGAUAAAAUAGAUGAAAAUGACAUUAGUUCAGGUAUAGUCUAUGAAGAUAUCCAAUUGGAUAGGAUUAAAAACGAAACUCCAAGCAGUGUACAUGACUUGCAAUUGAUCUUGCAAAGAAGUAUAUGUGAUAGUUUAAUGAGAUUCCCUGUAGGGAGUGAGAAUUGGAAAUUAGCAAAGCAAGUUCAAAUAGAUCUUGACGAGACAGUUCAAUUCAUGAGAAGGGCAUUAGAAUAG